AGCAUUACUCCGGCUUGAAAACCAAAACCCAGUGGCUCUCUCCAGUCUCCGAUCCCCUAUACAAUAACUAAUCCCUAAAUCGAAAUCCUGGACCACCACCUCCAACAAAAAGCUCUUCUUCCGCUCUUUCUCCACCUCCAGGAGCCUUAGAUCACAGCCCAACCACUGAUUUCUUCGCUCUUUUCCCACCUCAGUCCCCACCUCACCGGCAAAAAUCCCGUGAUCCCCAACCCCUUUCACUCCGAAAACGGCUUGACCAAUACCUACAGCGGCACCAUCGACAAGGGCUGCUCCAAAGGCGAGAAGCGGACCACUAGCCCUGUGCUUUACAUUUUGCGCAUUGAGAGUCUUUCUAUAGCUUCUAGUUGUGUGCUGGCUAAAGUGAGUUAUGGUUUAGAGCCAAAGCAAUGAGCGGUUUUGGGAAACUUUCCAGUUUCCCACCUUCAUUUCGCCAAACUUCAAUACCAAGAUUCCAAAUAAACUGCAUCGGACGGCGGCAAUCCGCAUGAGAAACUGGGGCACACGGGGUCAUGGCUGCUAGUGCCCGACGUCCUUGCGCUGACGCCUAAAGCAUCUUCUGGUCUAGACGACACGAAGCGAGUUCCCUUUUUGGGCAUUUACAGCUAAGUUCACAUCGCAUUGUCACGUUGUAUUUGAAGAAACCAAUAUGGGCCAUGUUUUUAUGUUAAAAAACCAAUAUGCGGCAUGUGUUUGACGAAAGUCGUAGCUGGGCUAAGAUACAUAAGUGAACAUUGGCUAAUUGUGCACAAGGAUGAGAACCCACAUUGUCAAUUUCAUAAUCAAACACCCUGGCCAGUCAUUCAUGGCUGUCCGGUCGAAAACAAGCUCUUCACACUACGUAGCAUCAAGAGCUAGAGACCCUGUGUUUGAGAAACUUAUGGACAAGUACAAGCAUCUUGUCAAAGUCAUCGCCGUUCAAGACCUCAUACUCGCAAACCCAAAGAACCCAUGUGUGUCCCUUGACUUCCUGUCCAGGCUCUCCCAAAGGCUUCACCUCAAUCGUGGCGCCGCUGCCUUCCUCCGCAAAUAUCCUCACAUUUUUCACAUUUUCUAUGACCCCACCAAGUCCCAACCCUUUUGCAAAUUAACUGACGCUGCUAUGGAGAUUUCAUGCCAAGAAGCAGAGGCUAUCACUGUUUCGUUGCCAGGAGUUGUUGACCGUUUAUUACGGCUUCUGUCAAUGUCCACAUCCAAAAUUUUGCCACUUCGUGCCAUUUUCAAGGUUUGGAGGGAACUUGGGCUUCCCGAUGAUUUUGAGGAAUCGGUAAUAGCUCGAAACUCUCAUCUUUUUCGACUUUGUGAUGCUCAUGAACCCAACACUCAUGUCUUGAAACUAGUUGAUGCGAGUCCUAGAGAUCGUUUCAUGGCAUCGGUUGAAAAUUGGAGGGUUAUGGAGUGUUGCAAGCAGGACUGCAGUGUUGAAAGGGUGGAAAUGAGAUAUAGUUUUAAACAUGGGUAUCCUCCGUGUAUGAAGUUGAGCAAGAAUUUUAGGGCCAAGGUUAAGGAAUGGCAAAGGUUGCCGUAUGUGGGACCGUAUGAGGAGAUUUUAGAGAAGAAGAGGUCUAAGGCUGGAGUGAUGGCAUUGGAGAAACGGGCGGUUGCAAUCGUUCAUGAAUUCUUGAGCCUGACGGUGGAGAAGAUGGUGGAAGUGGAGAAGAUCAGCCAGUUUAGGAAAUGGUUUGGGAUCGAGUUAAAUAUAAGGGAUUUGUUCUUGGACCAUCCGGGCAUAUUUUAUUUGUCCACCAAGGGGAAGAGGCAUACCAUCUUUUUGAGAGAAGCAUAUGAGAGGGGAUGUUUGAUUGAACCAAAUCCUAUAUAUGAUGCUAGAAGAAAGCUUCUUGAUCUUGUUGUAUUGGGAAGUCGUGAUUGGUUUAAUGGUGAAUCGAAGCCAAGGCACAAUUUUAAUUGCAAGGAGGCCGAUGUUGCAGGAAGAGGACACUAAUAGCCAAGAUAAUGACUGUUGUCUGUUGAGCAUCCUGGCUAAACUAUUUCAACUUCUUGUGCCAGGUGGUUCAUUAGUUUGCCCAUCCAAAUUUAUAGUUCCAUUAUUUGCUUUGUUCUAGAAGUUAUCAUCAUUUCAUUACCUAUUUCUAAUGAUCAAUUAAAGGGUGCAAAUCAGUUCAAUAUGACCACGUUGAAGAAUCAUGCAGAGGUGAUAACCUAUCUCUCUCUAUCACUUUAGAUUGGCAUUUAUGGGCCAAAGCAUGAUUGUGCUGGGGAGGACCAUAUUAUGUAUCGGCGGGCCACUAAGGCCCAACUGCUAAAGAAACCUCAAAGAGACGUAAAAGAUGCACAUAUGGCUGGCUAAGCUUAUUACACCGGUGUUGUUGAACUUCAAGGUUCCGACAACUUUUCUGUUUAGUUGUGGAAGGGUUUUCAAACCAUAGAUGUAUUCAAAAGAUGUGAUUUUAAUGUACUCUUU